AUGAUCACCAUCACCGUUGAUCCCCAAUCUUCGGCUAUCCUCCUCCAAGCACCAUUGAUUCCCGUCUUUGGCUGUCCUCCCACAAGCAUGUCGACAUCAACGCCGCCCCUGACUCAAAACCCAACCCAUUGCGAUCAGGCAUUAGCACCUGAGGAUAAUUCAUAUUCCCCUGCUGAAGAGACCGGACAUCACUCUAUCGGCGCCCCGCUAAAGGUCCCGAGUACCGAUGCCGGAGGAGACCUCCUGGCGCCUAGCCCAUGGGCAACAUACAAAAAGCGGCUUCCCUGGAAGGUGGCAGGACAUGGCAAUUUAUUAAAACCGACGCUAUCAAAGUCCUGCUGA